UUGUCACGUGAUCACGGGUCAAAUCAACAAACCUCAUGGUGCAACAUGUGAAGAUCUCUGUGCCUAUAUUUCUUCAGUAGAUUCGUUUAUUUACGUAAUCAACAACGUAAAGCAGCUCAUUGCUUUACACUGGAUGAUACAGACUUUAAAUUUUCAUCAUGAAAGGUAAACCCAAGCAGAAAAACACAAAGAAGCGAGGUGCCGUUUUAGGUAAGUACAAGGCUGCCGUCAGUGACUUUGUCAGGUUACAAAGCGGCACAGAAGAGGAAGAAUACCAACGGCAUCCACUCGAACUUGUUAAAAAGAAAAGUAGAAAGGAAUUACGCAAAGAAAAGCGAAAACUGAAAAAGGCCAAAAUGAAAUGUCAUUAUGAAGGUAAGAAGUUUGAUGGUGAAACAGCAGUUGCUGACAACGCACCUCCUCGAACGAAGGCACAGAGAGAAGCCGAAGCAAAACCUAAACAAAAAACAGACAUCUCGCCAAAGUCGACCAAAACAAAGAAGAAUAAGAACAAGCUUCAAGAAUCCAGAAAGAAGGCGCUGUUAGAGGCAAAUGAGCAGGAGGACAAAGAGAUAAAGAAGCUGGAGAAAUGCUUAAGGUUAAACAAAAGAAAAAAUAAGAAGACGUUGCCUCAGUCAUUUGUGGCUGAUGGUCUGGAUUACAUCCUCGGUGUGAUUGACUCUGGCUCUCAGGAUCUGGGGAUGUAUGAGAGCGACGACAACAUGGAUGCUGCUAAAGACAACUUUGAAAAGCUGGAUGAAAACGACCCUGACCUGUCAGAUGACAGUGAAAGUCUUGACAAUGAGAUGGCUUGUGAUGAAAGUGAUGAAGAAGUGGACUCAGAUGAAAAUGACGGAAAUGAAGAGGACAAUGAAGAGGAGGAUACUGAGGAUGAAAUUAGUCAAAGCAACUCAGAGGAAUCUGAGGAAGAAAAAGAUGAAGAAGUUGAAACUGCCAAUAUCCAAACUCCAGAUCCUGUGGCCCCUGCUGAUGGAAAGUAUAUUCCACCUCAUUUGCGCAACAUUGAAGAUGACAAACGUAAAGCUGAACUGGAAAAGCUGAAGAAGAAUGUUAAAGGCCUGGUCAAUAGGUUGAGUGAGGCCAACAUGGCGUACAUCAGUGGUCAGUUGGAGGAAUUGUACAUGAGCCGUAGCCGAAAAGACAUGAAUGACACAUUAACUGAGGUGCUGCUAUCUGCCUGUGUCACUCCUACACUGAUGCCAGACAGGCUGCUAAUGGAGCAUGUUCUUCUGAUCAGCGUCAUACAUCACUGUGUGGGUUUGGAGGUGGGAGCUCAAUUUCUGGAAACAGUAGUGCGAAAGUUCGACAAAUUUUAUCAAGACCAGAGUGAAGAUAAGGAGUGCAACAACCUGGUGGCGAUUAUUGCUCACCUGUACAACUUCCAUGUUGUUCACUCGCUCCUCAUUUUCGAUAUCCUGAAACGUUUACUGGCAACCUUCACAGAGAAGGACAUCGAGCUGGUUUUGUUUGUGCUCCGGAAUGUCGGUUUUGCUCUACGGAAGGACGAUGCACUGGCUCUCAAGGAGCUUAUCGUUGAUGCCCAACGCAAGGCCAGUGAAGCUGGAGCCAGAUUUCAGGAUCAAACCAGAGUGCGGUUUAUGUUGGAGACAAUGAUGGCGUUGAAGAACAACGACAUGAGGAAGAUCCCAGGCUAUGAUCCAGAACCUGUAGAGAAACUGAGGAAACUACAGAGAACUUUGAUCAAUAGAAGUGCUUCUGGAAGUGACAUGAAGCUCAGGGUUUCUCUGGAGAAUCUCCUGAGUGCGGAUCAAGUGGGCCGCUGGUGGAUCGUGGGGUCUUCCUGGAGUGGAGCGCCGAUGAUCAAUGAAGAAGGAAAGACAUCCUCCAAAGACAGCUCUGUUGAAGGACAGUUCAGCAACAAGGUUUUGGAGCUGGCCCGAAAACAGAGGAUGAACACCGACGUGAGAAGAAACAUCUUCUGCGUCCUCAUGACGAGUGAAGAUUAUCUGGAUGCUUUUGAGAAGCUGCUGAGGAUGGGUCUGAAGGAUAAGCAAGAGAGAGAGAUUGUGCAUGUGCUGAUGCACUGCUGUCUGCAGGAGAAAACGUUUAAUGCCUUUUACGCCGUGCUGGGAGAGAAAUUUUGUUCUCAUGACCGACGUUUCCAGAUGACGUUCCAGUUCUGCCUGUGGGAUAAAUUCAGGGAGAUUGCCAACCUGUCCAGUAGCACCUUCAACAACUUGAUCCAACUCGUCACUCUGCUCCUGCAAAAGAAGUGCCUUUCACUCUCAAUUCUCAAAGUAAUUGAAUUUGGAGAACUGGACAAACCCAAAGUUCGCUUCCUUCGUCAAGUGUUGACCAAGUUAUUGAAAGAAACACAGCCAGCGGAUCUGGUCACUAUAUUUGGAAGGAUUUCAGGGAUUCCCAAGUUAGGAAUGCUGCGAGAAGGCCUGAAGCUUUUCAUCAGCCACUUCCUCCUGAAAAAUGCUCAGUCUCAGGAUUCACCUGAGCAGGCAGCAAUGCUGUUGGAGCGGGCCCAACUUGCCACCAGAGCCAUGGAUGCUAAAGAGGCCAAGCUCAAACUGUAACACCCUUUUUACUUAUGUGUUUGUCGUGUAUGUAAAUAUUCAUAUUUGUGAUGGAAUCAAUUUCACAAAUACAUCUUUGAUGAAGUUUGAUGAGUUUUUUCUUUCAUUCUUCCUUAUGACUGUUGAGCUGUUUUCCAUUAAAUUUGGUGCUAAUACAACUUUGUUUCAUCUGUGGAGAAGGGAAUAAAAUCAUAACUAA